AUGGGAGGAGAGAUACCCGCUUUGGCGAUUACUGACUCCCUAAUUCGAGCCGUUCCGGGAGCCAUUCAACUUGAAUCUUAUCAGCAAGAAACUUUCACUAAUUCUCAGUUAGACUUUGCCACUUAUACCCGUCCGGAAAUAUUUGAAGAUUUAAAAGUCCCUGCAGUAUUAUUAUCCGGUAAUCAUAAGAAAAUUGAAGAAUGGCGAACAAAAAACAGUCAGGAAAAAAACCAGCACAAAAAUAAUAUGAAUAUGAACAACUACCAAAAUAAUUACCAAUGUAAUAAUUGCCAAAAAGGCUUUGCUAAAUCAGAAAUUUAUCAAGUAGGGAAAGAAAAAAAUUUAUUUUGUCAAGAAUGUUGCCGAACUGUUAAAAACUGUAGUUGGUGCCAAAAAGAAGUGAAAGAAAAAGAAGGGUUUUGCCGAACUAAUGAUAAGGAAAACACCCCCGAAAAAUUAGCCGAAAGACAACAAGAGAAGGAGUUGUUAGAUAAAGGAUAUAAACGGUGUGAUUGGAACUUAAUACCUUUUGAAUCACUAAGAAUAGGCUGUAAUAAUUUAAUUCCUCCAUCGGAAAAAUAUUGUGAAAGUUGUCAAAGAAACGAAAAAGAAAGAGAAGAAAAUUUGAAAAAAAAACGAUUAGAAAAUCAAUCAGUCUGA